AUGCCGGAGGAUUUUGCUUAUGGAGGGUUGGUACAAGAGGUGCAUCAGCUCUGCCCGGCCCUUUGGCCCAGUGUGGUCAUCUGGGGCUCCUUCCUGCCCGGGUCAGACCCUCACCUCUCUCUGAUGCUCAUGGAGUCUCGCCGCAGGUGGGUGUUCCUGGUGAAGAAAGGCUACCAGGUGGUGGACACAACGGUGCAGAGCUCCGUCAUCACCAAGGUCAAGGGCGCCGCCUUCACCAACACCUCGGAGCUCCGGGAGAAGAUCUGGGACGUGGCGGAUUACGUCAUCCCCCCGCAGGGAGAAAACGUCUUCUUCGUCGUCACCAACCUAUUGGUGACUCCCAGGCAGCGGCAGAGCACGUGUGCUGAGAGCCCCCACAUCCCCCAGGCUGCGUGCUCCCAGGACGGUGACUGCCCCCGAGGAGAAGCUGUUCUCAGCGGGCACGGAGUGAGGACCGGCCGCUGCAUGAGAGCGGACGGCGAGGGCAGGGGCACCUGUGAGAUCUUCGCCUGGUGCCCACUGGAGAAGCAGCACCACCCCGAAAAGCCGCUUCUGGAGAAGGCCAAAGACUUCACCGUCUACAUCAAGAACUCCAUCCGCUUCCCCCGCUUCAACUUCUCCAAAUCCAACGUGCUGGACACCAAAGACAAGUCCUUCCUCAAGUCCUGCCGCUUCGGGCCUGACAACCACUAUUGCCCCGUCUUCCGGCUGGGCAGCCUGGUCCACGCCUCGGGCAACGACUUCCAGGAAAUGGCCCUGGAGGGCGGGGUGAUAGGGAUCCAGAUCGAGUGGGACUGUGACCUGGACCAGGCGCCCUCGGCCUGCAAGCCCCAGUACUCCUUCAGCCGCCUGGACAGGACAAGUAUGGUGGCCUCAGGGUAUAACUUCAGAUUCGCCAAGUACUACCAAGAUGCCGACGGUGUGGAGUUCCGCACCCUCAUGAAGGUCUACGGAAUCCGGUUCGACGUGAUGGUGUCCGGCAAGGCCGGGAAGUUCAGCAUCAUCCCGACAAUGAUCAACGUGGGCUCAGGCAUAGCCUUGAUGGGUGCCGGGGCUUUCUUCUGCGACUUAGUGCUCAUCUACCUGAUCAAAAAAAGCCACUUCUACCGAAAUAAGAAGUAUGAGGAAGUGAGGCUGACUUCAAGAAAGCUCCUGUCCCAGCAACUGGUAAACGGGAAGCAGUCUGGCCAGGAGCUGCAAGUGGUGGAGACAUAGCAGCAGGGCCUCCCUCCUGAGAAUCACUGGAGAGCCUCAUCCAGGCACAAAGGAGCCUGCGAAGCUGGCUCGCCUGUGGGGCUGGCACCAGGAUGGGGCACCUGCGGCUCUGCCGCUCUCCUGGCCCCGAGGUGCCACCAGUCUGGACAAACAUCUUAGGAGUGGGUGGAGGUGGGGGAGCCUCCUCGGAAGAAGGGAGACAAAGCAAGAGGCUGGGGGUCCCUAGCCUUGCCUGUCACAGUGAUGCGGGUGGGCAGUCUCCCCAUUGGGAAAGGAGGCUCCUAGGAGCUGGAGCCUUUGGGCCCUCAUAACUUGAAUUUAUUCUGGUGGGACACUGGCAAGGCCCCCCUUCCAUCUGCCUGGAUGCCCCGCUGGCCGGACCCCCAGAGGCAGCUGCCCUCGCCUCCAGGAGUAGCAAAGGGCCUCCGGGCACCCAGGUGGGCAGGGAGGGUUUCGGCACGGCCUGUCUGCUCCAAGGUGCCCUGCGGGAAGGCCCCACUUCCUCCCACGUCCCUCCUCUAUGCUGACUUUUGUAUAAAUGCCACUUAAUAAACUGCCUUGAAACACAA